AUGGAUAGGCUCGUUGAUGCACACUGCCACGUUAUUACUGAUCCAGACAGUGCAGUCGGUGGUGAUGAUGGAGGAUCGAAGAAUACGUUGCGAUGCGUCAUGUCAUCAAACCCGUACGACUGGAAAAAUUUGAAGAAAAUGGCUAACAAUAGCACAAGAAGAGAGAAUCUAUACCUCGGAUUUGGUGUCCAUCCUUGGUACAGUCAUUUAUUUUAUAUAGGUGAUCAACGCGACAAGAUUUCUCAUUACCUAAAUGUAUUGGAAUAUAAGAACAAAGAACAGUUCGACGGUUUGGUUCGGGUUCUUCCUGAACCUCUAGAUCUUGAAGAAUAUAUACUUAGGGAGUUUAACGAAAAAUUAGUUAGCGUAAUUGGAGAGGUCGGUCUUGAUAAGCUCUUCAGACUUCCCGCGAGUGGUUUCUACACACAAAACGAGAAGACCAGGCUAACCACAGUGAAAGUCAAACUAUCGCAUCAAGAAGCAGUAUUUAGACGAUUUUGCCGGUUGGCAAGAAAAACAAACAAGCCCAUUUCCAUACAUGAUGUGAAGUGUCAUGGGAAACUGAACGAUAUCUGCAACGAAGAACUUCUACCGUAUCACUCCGUCAACAUAUGUUUGCAUUCGUACACAGGGUCCAAGGAAACCCUUCUGACACAAUGGCUCAAGAAGUUCCCACCAGAUCGUAUCUUUGUAAGCCUGUCCAAAUGGAUCAAUUUCAAAAACCCAGAAGAAGGAGAUACUCUGGUCAGGGGCUUGCCCAAAACGUGUAUACUUACUGAAACUGACUUCCCCGUUGACAACCCGGAUCCAUCAUACCAAAGGGAUCUAACAGAGCAGCUGCAGUAUCUGAAUAAACAAAUUGCACAAGCAUGGGGUGAGAGCCUGGAUGCUACGCAAGUCGCUUCGCAUAUAUAUGAGAACUUCCAGAAAUUCAUUAAGUAA